CGUCUCUUUUAUUAUUGUCACGAGUCGCCGCAAUGUUUUGUAAUUUUUUUGCAAUAACCUGAAACAACUGAUAAUAAAUCUAUGUUCGUUUUAUACAAUUUAUCCACUUUUAUUUUAAAAUAGCAGCCAUUAGUUUAUACUAUGGCGGACGGUGAAGAAAACUUGCAUCGUUUGGAAGGAACAUCAGGCGAUGCUCCUGGCGGCUUAAUCAUCAAAAAGAAGGACGAACCUGCUGAAUUUCAAUUCGCUAAGCCUUCAUUGUUAGGUCUAGAUAAGCUGGCAGCAGCUAAACGUAAGCAGAAUAGGUUGAUUUCCUUUCAAGACGAUGCGAACGAAGAGGACGACACGGAAAGCAAAACGGACUCCACAGGUGUUAAAGAGCGUAAAUACAGGAGACACAACGAAGAGACGCCAACAUACACUGGUGGAAUAUCGGAACAAGCACGAGAACGCAUGCUGGAGCGAUUACAAAAAAAGGAGAAAGAAUCUAAAGAAAAAGGUGUUCACCACUCCACACAGGAAGAAAAAAAAUCAAGAUCCAAAGAUGAUGAAGAUGAUAGAUUCUACCGUCGCCGGUAUGACAGACGUGACCGUGACAAAGACAGAUAUGACAGACAUAGGAGAGAUAAAGAUAGAGAUCGAAGGGACAGAAGGGAUGAUAGGGAUUCAGAGAGAAGAGACAGGGAUAGACGUGACCGAGAUAGUGAAAGAAGUAGGGACAGUUCACGGCAUAGUUAUUACGAGCCAAGAUUCAAAGAUGAACCUAAGACACCAAGCUUAAAAGCCCUCAAACCUACUGACAAAACAGCGUGGGAUGAUGACGAUGAUGAUCCAAAAGCGAUACGUAAGUCCAGUUGGGACUUCCCAACUCCUCUACCAAGAGAUGCAGGGCCCUCGGACCGGUCACAGCGCAGUGAGAGAAGUGGCAGACCACUGAGGGAUUACAAGGGUCGUUUAUAUGAAGACAGUGCUAGAGCAACUCCACACAAAUUUGCAAGUUCAAGACGAGGCUUGGACAUAGACGAUCCAGAAUGGCAAGAAGCUGAGAAAAAGCUGGACAGGGCAUGGUACAACAUGGGCGAAGGUGAAGCAGACGAAUCCGAUCCAUUUGCGGAUACGAGCGCUGAAUAUAUCGCUCGGAAAGAGGAACAAAUCGAGAAACGGCGUAACCGCAAGGUGUCAGCACAGCGGCAGCAGAUAGACAAGGACAACGAGCUGUGGGAGCGAAACAGGAUGCUCACCAGUGGCGUAGUACACUCCAUCAAUGUCAAUAAUGAUUUAGACGAGGAGAGUGUAGACCGCGUUCAUCUACUCGUUCAUAAUAUUGUGCCGCCGUUUCUUGAUGGACGAAUUGUGUUCACCAAGCAGCCGGAGCCUGUGAUACCGGUGAAAGAUCCCACGUCCGACAUGGCGAUAAACGCUCGUAAAGGUUCGGCUCUAGUGAAAGCAUUUAGAGAGCAGAAGGAGAGACGGAAAGCACAGAAGAAACACUGGAAACUGGAAGGAACUAAAAUUGGUAACAUUAUGGGUAUUCAAAAGGAAAAAGAAGAAUUGGAAGACGGCCCCACUAAAGAAGCCUACAAGUAUGCCGAACAUUUGGACAAGCAAGAAGAACCGGAAUCGAAAUCGGAUUUCGUUAAAAAGAAGACGAUAGCGGAACAGCGGCGCUAUUUGCCGGUGUUCGCCGUCAGAGAGGAGCUCUUGCAGGUCAUCAGGGAGAACAACGUGGUCAUUAUUGUCGGUGAGACGGGCAGCGGUAAGACGACACAGCUGACGCAGUACCUGCACGAGGAAGGGUUCAGCCGGCUCGGCACCAUCGGUUGCACGCAGCCGCGGAGAGUCGCCGCCAUGUCCGUCGCCAAGCGAGUCUCCGACGAGAUGGGCACCAAACUAGGUGACGAAGUCGGCUACGCAAUACGUUUCGAGGACUGCACAUCACCGAACACUGUGAUCAAGUACAUGACCGACGGUAUUCUACUACGCGAGGGGCUGCGAGAGCCCGACCUCGAUCACUACUGCGCUAUCAUCAUGGACGAAGCCCACGAGAGGUCGCUCUCCACUGAUAUGCUGUUCGGCUUGCUGCGGGAGGUGGUGGCCCGUCGGUCGGACUUGAAGCUGAUUGUCACAUCAGCUACCAUGGACUCCAGCAAGUUCUCCACAUUCUUCGGGAACGUGCCCACCUUCACGAUCCCAGGGCGGACGUUCCCCGUCGAGACAUUCUUCGCCAAGAAUGUUUGCGAAGACUACGUCGAUGGUGCUGUCAAACAAGCUCUUCAGAUUCAUUUGCAGCCAGACGAAGGCGAUAUUUUAAUAUUCAUGCCGGGACAAGAAGACAUUGAGGUCACGUGCGAGGUGCUAACAGAAAGACUGGGAGACCUGGACAGCGCUCCGCCACUCACGGUCCUGCCCAUAUACUCGCAGUUACCAGCUGAUUUACAAGCGAAGAUCUUCCAGCGUGCGCCGCCCGGUCAAAGAAAGUGCAUCGUCGCAACCAAUAUUGCUGAGACAUCGUUAACUGUCGACGGAAUAAUGUACGUGAUCGACUGUGGUUACUGUAAACUAAAGGUUUACAACCCAAGGAUCGGCAUGGACGCUCUGCAGAUAUAUCCAGUAAGUCAAGCGAAUGCUAGACAACGCGCAGGGCGAGCUGGACGGACGGGACCAGGCAAGGCCUUCUGCCUCUACACGCAGAGGCAAUACCAGCAUGAACUAUUAGCAUCCACAGUACCAGAGAUACAGCGCACCAACCUGGCCAACACUGUGCUUCUCCUAAAGUCUCUAGGCGUGGAAGACCUGCUAGCAUUUCACUUCAUGGACCCACCUCCUCAGGAUACCAUCCUGAACUCGAUGUACCAGCUGUGGAUCUUAGGCGCGCUGGACGGCACGGGUGCCCUCACCCCGCUUGGUCGGCAGAUGGCGGAGUUCCCACUCGACCCGCCCCAGUGUCACAUGCUCAUCGUCUCCGCCGAGAUGGGGUGCAGUGCUGAAGUGCUCAUCAUUGUGUCGAUGCUGUCGGUACCAUCUGUGUUCUACCGCCCCCAAGGUCGGGAGGAGGAGGCGGACUCGGUCAAGGAGAAGUUCCAAGUGCCUGAGUCGGACCACCUCACACUGCUGCAUUUGUAUAACCAAUGGAAGUCCAACAAAUACUCAAGCCAGUGGUGUACAGAGCACUUCGUGCACGGUAAGGCGAUGCGGAAGGUCCGCGAGGUGCGGCAACAGUUGCGCGACAUCAUGCAACAGCAGCGACUGCCGCUCGUGUCGUGCGGCACGCAGUGGGACACUGUACGCAAGUGCAUCUGCUCAGCCUACUUCCAACAAGCGGCUCGUCUCAAAGGCAUCGGUGAAUAUGUAAACUGCCGUACGGGCAUGCCUUGCCACUUGCACCCCACGUCGGCGCUGUUCGGCCUCGGCUCCUCCCCCGACUACGUGGUGUACCACGAGCUGAUGAUGACCACCAAGGAGUACAUGCACUGCGUGACAGCAGUGGACGGACGCUGGCUCGCUGAGUUGGGGCCUAUGUUCUUCUCUCUAAAGGAGACUGGCAAAUCGAACCGCGACAAACGCAAAGAAGCCGCAGUGCACCUACAGAGAAUGGAAGAAGAGAUGAAGCAAGCGGAACAGAAGAUGGCAGAAGAACGUCGCAAGCGCGACGAGGAGGUGCCUCUGAAGCAGACCGUGGCCACGCCGGGCCUGAACACGCCCAAACGGACACCGCAUCGGCUGGGACUUUGAAUGGAAUGGAAUGGAAAUUGCCGACAACUGGUGACGUGGAAGCACUUAUACUGAACCUCAUUCAAAUAUGGAAACAAGAAUUUAAGGCGUAUUUAAGGGGGGUUAGGUAGGUCACCCCCCCCCCUUGCUGCAAUGAGAGCAGUUUUUAACUAUGUGCAAAGACAUGUUUGAAUGUAUAUAAUGUGCCUUCUAUAAGGGCUUAGCCCCGGAAAAAUAAUUCCUUGUUUUUUUUUAAUAUUGAAGAUAAAUACCAUUUUUUUAUACAACUUAGAAUGGCAAACAAGCUGACGACCCACCUGAUGGAAAGUGGUAACCGUCGCCUGUAGACAUGAGCAGUACCAUGGACAUAACAGAGUAUACUGUUUCACGCCAUAUCCCACCCUUCAAACCGAAACACAGCCAUGCAAACACAACGGCUUCACGGUUGAAACACGAAUUGGACAGAGGUACCCAAGCAAUCGACUUUUGUACAAAGUCUCCCUCUGGUAAAAGCUCAAGCCAGUACAGUACCCAUCGUCAUGUAUAGGUCAUCAUCUGUCCACUGCUGGACAUAGGCCUCACCUAUAGACUGCAGGAACAAUGCUGAGCCACCUGCAUCCACUGACUCCCUGUAAUGCAUUUGAGGUCGUCACUCCAUCUAGUGAUCUAGUAGGGUACUAGGGUGUAGGGAUCUACCUACACUAUAUAAUAUACAGUAUAUAUACAUCAUAUAGUUAAUAAUAUCAUAAUUUUAUAUACCCAUAGGUAUAUAAACUUAUUAUGUACAUGAUUAAAAAUAAUAACUGUUUUUUGAGUUCCUUUUAACACAUUACAAUAUUCCGAAACCCACAGUAGAAUAUAAAAAAAAAUCUGAUUUAAAAAGCUUGUAAACAAACAUAUUUAAACAGAACAUUAUUUCGCUUGUAUUCUUAUUUUAAAGAUUAAAAUCUUGUUUUUAAAAAUUUACAAAUUCCGAAAUAUUAGUUACAAUAGUUGGUAACACGUAAAUGAUACCUCCAGUGUUGCAAGUAUACAUUGACAAGACCAGAGGGCCUACCAUAAAAUGUUUUCCGAAAUUUCGGGGCCGAACGAAACACAAAUUUCAUGUAAAAGUACACGAUACCUACCGUUUAAAUUAUUAAAAUAUCGUUCCUUUGGACUUUUAUGGUAAAAUUUAAGAUGAACAAAAUACUCCAUUUACUGAGGCGAUUUCAAUAUGAACAAAAACACGAAAUUGAGUCCGAAAAUUCGGAAUUUCAUUUCGUGGUAGACCCUUUGAGCACCAUCAAUAGAAAGAACAGUAUACCAGACAUUGCUGUCUUAUUUUAUCUUUGCAGACAGUAGCAAAAACGUGUCUGGUUACAUUCGUUAGCCACUGACCCUUAUGUCGCUUCAAUUUUGUUAAUUAACAUGUUUUUAAAAUUCCCAUCUACAUGUUCAAUGUACUUAAAUAUUUGACAACAAAUCAAAUUGUAGCAUUGUCGGGAGAAUUGUAUCUGUAUGUAAUUAACUAUAUUGUUUUGUUAAAUCAAGAAACAAAUGCAAAAUAAACAUUUUUAUAACACU